AUGGAAGGUGAAAAUUCUCAUCAACCUCUCACAUCAAAUACGGCAUUUCCAAGAUUUCUUCUCAUUCAAACAAAUAUCGAAGAUUUUAAAAUGACAAGUAUCUCACCGUUUGCAAUUGAGAAAACUAUAGAAAGUAUAGCUGGUGUUCCUAAAUCAGUUAAAAAGUUGCGUACUGGUGAUCUUCUCGUUGAAGUUGACAGAGCAGCACACGCUAAAAAUCUACUUGGCAUUACAUCCUUCUUUAACCAUCCGUGUAAAUGUAUACCGCACCGUACUUUGAACUCCACAAGGGGGGUCAUUCGAUGUCCCGAUCUUGCUGGGGUAUCAGAGACGGAGAUUGUUAAAGAACUUACUGCUCAACACGUGACAGCUGCGAGACGUAUCAAAAUAAAAAAAUUAGGGAAAGAAAUCCACAUCAAUACUAUCAUUCUAACAUUUGGCAUUCCAUUCCUACCUUCUGUUAUAAACAUUGGCUAUCUACGUACAAAUUUUACUAUUUACAUACCAAAUCCUCUUCAGUGUUACAAUUGUUUCAAGUUUGGCCACAACGAAAACACCUGUAAAGCUGAACAUAUUUGUCCAAAGUGCUGCCGGGAUGGAUACUCUCACGAACAUGACACCUGCAAGUAUCCAAUGCGUUGUCUUAUCAAAGCUGUGGCAAAUGUAUUCAUGCCAGGUCCAGAAUUUUAUCUGAAGGAAGAGGGCUAUUCCAAUACCAAAGUCUCCUCUUAG